CGCUCUUGAGUGAUGGACUCGCUGCAGAGGGGGACAACAGGACGAGAAGCAAUGGUCGGUCCCGUGCAGGAGCGGAUCACCGGAGAUUGGAGCCAAGACUGAAGGAGCCGGGACUUUGCUUUGGUCUGCUUGCUGCAAGGAACCAACAAAUGCUCCAUGAUUCACCUGCACUGCGAAGACUGCUGACACAAUGGGGAGAUUGUACAUACCUCAUCAGUCGGCACUGAGGAGGAGCAUCUUUCUCCUGGUUGUGCCUCUGCUUUUGUCAUUGCACGCCAGUGGAAAGUUCAUAGGAGGCCCGCUGGACUGCCAACAGACGUGCGUGUGCGCCAGCAACAUCAUCAGCUGUUCCAAAGGAAAUCUCACCAACGCCCCCAUCCCUCUUCCGAAGUACACGACGGUGCUGGACCUCAGUUUCAACUCAAUCAGCAGACUCCGAGCUAAAUGGACGUCAGUCGUGCUCAGUCGACUCCACACGCUGCUGCUCAGCCACAACGGGCUCUCCUUCCUCUCCUCGGAGGCGUUCGCGGAUGUGACAAGGCUGCGUUACCUGGACUUGUCUUCCAAUGAGCUCCGCCAGCUGGACGAGUACAUGUUCGAGCCCCUGGAGAACUUGGAGGUGCUGCUACUUUAUAAGAACAGCAUCUCGCAGAUAGAUCGCUCCGCCGCCUUCUCGGGUCUGGUUAGCCUGCAGAAGCUCUACCUGAGCCAGAAUCUGAUCUCACGCUUCCCCUUGGAGCUGGUGAAGGAGCGAAGCCGCAUUGACACGCUCACACUGCUGGAUGUCUCCUCCAACCGGAUCAAAACCCUGACAUUCCAUGAGCUUCGAGCUCUGCCCGCGUGGAUUAAAAAUGGAUUCUACUUCCACAACAACCCCCUCCCAUGCAGCUGCGAUCUUUUCGACAUGGUUGCACGGUGGCACCUAAAAGAUCUCAGCUCUGUCGUUGACUUCAAGGAUGAGCACACUUGCGUCCUUGCGGGUCAUCCCAAACGAAAAGUGGUCACCUUGGAAUUGGACAAAGCUUAUUUGAACUGCAGCGAGGUCAAGAUCGUGGAUAGACAAGCCUAUCUGGAGCAGCUUGUGGUGCUGGACUGCGACACCAAGCAGAGAGACUUGGUGAAGAGCUGGGCCCUGCCAGGAAACAUACUGGUCUCUACAGCAAACACGAGUGCGGUGAUACUUCCAGAUGGAAGCCUUCAGCUCGGACCUUUGAAGGAAGACGACUCGGGCGUAUACACUUGCUACGCCACCGGAGACACCCUAAACGAGACCCUCUUCGUCACCGUCGUCGUCUUUAACACCACCACGACCGCCGGCUUGGAGAGCCUGAAGACGGCGUACACCACCCUCAUUGCAUGCCUCAUCAGCAUUGUGAUGGUUUUCAUCUACCUCUACCUCACACCUUGCCGCUGCGCCUGUUGUCCAGGUCAGGAUCUGGAGAAGAAUGACCCGAUGGGGAGUCUAUACUCCUCCACUGUCAGCGUCGCCCAAACCCGCCAGGAGACUGGAUCGGAAAGAGGGAAUGGGGAUGGCAAAGACUUCCCAUACGACACCAAGGACCUGCUGGAGCAGAACGGGAGGUUGAACCCAAAAGGUGGAGAUGAUUGGAAGGGAGCAAACAAAAAGAGAAAGGCUUCUGUCAGCUCUGUGAGCUCAGACACCCCCAUGAUGGUGUAAAAGUGUUUGGUGGAGAGAGCCUGCAUCACCACUGUGCAUGCAUUUGAUGCAAGAUUCCAAAUUACCCAAAAGGCCCAACAAGGGAGUGCUUUGACUUCUUUAUGUUUGUACAUAGUGCGGGAGGAAUGCUUUAUUCCGGGCAAUGUGAACAAAGCUCCUUCCUACACUGGGCUUUUAAUGGCAUCCAGGGAGCUUUCUUUGCUCAGGGGACACAAAUGAGAGAGAGGACCUGAAAGGUUCUCGGCAUUAGCGCCCAACCCCGAGCAAACCAGACAGCCACAAUAACAUUAGUGCAGUCAACAUGCAGGCAAGCCUGGGCCACAUCCGACACAGAUACUGCAGAAGCAGUCAGACAACAGAUUAGUAAAACCGGAUACAAAUGAUGUCUUCACUCUCACAGAAAGGUGUACUACCAGUAGAAAGUCAUAAUGCCAAAUGACAUUGGAAAUGUAAUCUAGCCCUUAAAAUUACAGUUGCAUACAAAUUAGGUCUGAUGACGAUUCAAAUCAUCUCAGACUUGACUUUAGGUUUUUGUAGUAAUUCCUUUCUAGUAUUAUGGUUAUUCCCUUGUUUAUUUUCCUUAUGAUAUUGCAACUCUAUCAUAAUACUACAACUUAGGCACUUUUUUCAGUGUGGCCCUAACACUCCUUUGUAGCAUUUCAGCCCUCAUGGUGCUUAUUUUCAACACCGAGUUGAAUUUGCAUGCAUCAUACAUGUCUCCAAGCACUCCGAAGACAUGAUGACUAUGCUCUACUACUCAUCAUAAUGUAGCAACCUUACAUUAAAGGUCGAAACAAAUCUACUGAAUGUAUGUUGUGUGAGAAUUACAUAGUGUUAAGAUGUGUCAGUGUUACAAUACAAAAGAAAACAAUGUAAAUACCCAAUACCAAGGGUCUGUACUCCAAACCUGAGCAUACUUUACCACAUCCGUGAAAUGCUGUACGCUAAAAAGAUGACAUCAGCUCUUUAAUGCCGAUUUAAUGCCUGCAAUAUUAUACGACCUUGGUGGCUAAGGCUAGAGGUUCUAUGGCGGCUCGUAUAAAUAGAACCAGUAGCGGAGGGCAGGCUUGGCAAGUAGCACAUCGAAUAUUUAAGAGGUCACUGGGAAUAUUCCUGUUGAAGAGCUCAUCGCUGUGGUGUUUUAUUUCGGAACAUUAUUGCUUUUCACUCCCACUGAUCACUUCAGACCUACUUCACCAUCCAUCCUCUUCUCUCCAUUACAACAGUGGCAUCACCAUGUAGGAUGUUUAAAAAUUAUCCUCAAGGCAAGAAAUUGUUCUUGUUGACUUGCUAUUUUUCAUCACAGAGAAAUAAAUGCUAUGGUUGCCUUUUAAUGUUAUCAAGUCUACUGAUCUUAGACUGCGGUUUGUAAAAUAACGUUUGUCUUUUGAACAUAUGUACUGUCUGUUUCAAUUAAUUAGGUACACUACAUGAACAAAAGACAUCUUAAUCUGUCUAUUGAGCUCAAGACCGGAAUUAGGAAUGUGGCUCUCUCUUACGACACUAAACAUACUGAAAUACAUCCUGAGUGACCAUAACAUUGCCAUUGUGAAUCUGAAUUCUCCAUUAUACCAAGACAUUUUGGACAAUUGUAUGGGAACCGUGCACAAAACGCCCUUUUCUGUUCGAGUUUGACUGUGCCGCAGUGCAUAAAGCAACGUCAAUAAAGACAUUCUAGGAUGAAUUUGAUGUGGAAUAACCCGAUCAAAGCCAGGUCCACUUUGAAGAUCCAACAUCUCUGACCUCAAAACUGGAUUCUCCAUACACUCAGUAUCUUGUAGAAAGUCUUCGCUGAUCUACGACAUCUCAGAAAGGUUCCAGGACUGAAAUAAGCUACAUUUCAGAUACAAAUCACCAGUUUCCCCUAAAACUACUCCCCGUAGAGUCUAAUGCACUUUCCCAGCAUUCUCUGCCACACCUUCAUGCACUCCUGGAAGGAUUCUUCCGUGUAUCUCUUCAGCUUAGUCACCACGGCCAUCUUGAUUAUCAUCCACAUCUUCUAAACGGUCCCCCUUGAUCUUAGGAAAGAGCAAAAAAUCAUCAUACAGAUCCAGGUUGGGUGAGUAGGGAGGUUGCUCCAGCACAGCGAUUCUCUUCUCAGCCGGGAACGGUCAGAUGCUCAGGGCCUUGUGAGCAGGUGUGUUGUCAUGGUGAGGCAGCCACGAGUUGUCCUGCCACAGCUCUUGCGCCUCUUGUGCACUGAUGGCAGCAAAUGCUGCAGGAGCUCUUUGUAGCCGUCUGGUCCACAAUGAAGGGUAACAUUUGGUAAUUUGUGUUUGUAUAUCUUUCGUGACAACAGUCCUGAAACUUUUCUCACAUACCUUGCAGCUGCAGAAGGGAAUGCCUUGUUUUCUCCCAUUAUCAUUUUGUUUUUAAAUCCAGGUUAAAAAAUUGUUUUUUCCAAAAUGCUUGAUUGAGAAUUUCAGAGCAUUUUCAUUUUUUAGAAUCUCUCGCACUGUAUGUUCUUUUAGUAAUUUUCGUAAGCUGCCUUUUACUUUUCUGUAGUGUUUUAAGUCUUUUGCUGCUUUUGAAUGCUGUUAAUCAUGUAAAGCACAUUGAGUUACUCUGUGUAUGAAAUGAGCAAUAUAAAUAAAUUUGCCUUGCCUUCCUGUUCAGCAAGAUGUCCCAAAACCU